CAAGCAAAUCAAACGCAGAAGGCGACCAAGAUGACAAGAGCACCGGAGACAUUGGAGCCGAUCCAGGAAACGCUACGCGAGAUCAACGAACGAACCCCGGAGGUAAGAGUUGGCAGGUUCAGCACCCGCGUGCUGCUAGCGCUCGGGACCGAAGUCGCGUCGUCGCCGCCGGAGGACGGUGAUGCUGGCCAUCGACACCGCGCGGAACGGCCCGACAAGCGGCCGUGCGCGCUGCGUAUGGACUGGGCGGCAUGCGACCUGCCGCUGCACGGCGAGGACGCGCACUUCGGGCACGCCGAGGCCGGCUUCGUCGGCGUCGCGGACGGGGUCGGCGGGUACCGGGACCGCGGCGUGGACGCCGGCGCCUUCGCACGCGAGCUCAUGGCGAGCGCUCUGGAGAAUGUGGAGCUGACGGCCAAGGCCCGCCGCCUCCGCCCGAAGGAAGUUCUGAAGAGGGCGUACGAGACGGCGGUCAUCAAAUGCACGCCGGGUGCGUCCACGGCCGUCAUCCUGUCGCUCGACCGCACAGCUCUCAGCUGGGCGUACGUCGGCGACAGCGCCUUCGCCGUGUUCCGCGGCGGCAGGAUCGUGUACCGUUCGAUUGAGCAGCGGCGCCGCUUCAAUUUCCCGUACCAGCUGAGCUCUAAUGGCGAUGGAGACAGCCUCACAAAGGCGAUGGUCGGCGACAUGUCGGUGAGGGACGGCGACGUCGUGGUGGUCGGGACGGACGGGCUGUUCGACAACAUGCACGAUUGCCAGCUCGAGCGUGCCGUGCAGAUGGGCACCGAGCUGGGUUUCUCGCCCAAGAACAUGGCGGACAUCAUCGCCAGCAUUGCUUACGACGUAUCGAAGAACAAGCGGGCAUGCUCACCGUUCAGUCUCGCACACUUGAAGGCGUCCGGGGAGGGAGGUUGCGGUGGGAAGGAGGACGACAUAACGGUCAUCGUCGCGUACAUUGUCGCGAAGGAUUCAUGAUUUAGGAGUGACAUUUGAUUGAGGAAUUAGCUUUAGUCUUUGUCAAAUUAGA